GACGUCGGGCGCGCUCUGCGAGAGAAAGAGAGAGUGAGAGAGAGAGAGAGAGAGAGAGAGAGAGAGAUAGCGACACGGCCGGUGUGACAAGGACAAGUACAUAAAACGUUGUUAAAAUAGAAGAGAAGAAAGCAGACUGAAGGAGAGAGAAAGCAAGACAACGAGACUACGAGAUUCGGAAUCGACGUGUUUUCAUAAAAAAAUAGAAAUUAAAACGAGCGACAAAAUUACAUUUAAUAAAAAAAGUGGUAGAAAGGGAUAGUUGUUUCUUUACGCGUAGUUUGAUUAUUUCAACGACACGGUUAAUGCGGCUUCUUCAUUUUUCAAAGUUCAUCUCUUCUUGGGUGUGUGUGUAUGUGUAUAAAAAAUCUAAGAAUUAGGAUUAAACCAAGGAUAAGAAACAGAAGAAGAGGAUAGAAGAAGAAUACUAAUAAUAAUAAUAUUAAUAAUAAUAAUAAUAAUAAUAAUAAUAAUAAUAAUAAUAAUAAUAAUAGUGCCGUGCUUACACGUGUUUUGUACAGUGUUCAAGUGUUAACCAAUCACAGGGAGCGGGAGGAGAAAGACACGGGUGGACGACAGCCAAUCAUCUUAUUUCUUCUUAAAAUUACGGACAGUGUUGGUCUCGCGGGCUGUUAAGAUUUCACUCUGGAUACGUCGUUAUGUGGGUUUCCAAUAUUGAAAGGCACUUUUAUUCUUACGAUACAUUGGUUAUAUAUACCUCAAGCCAUAAACGGGCGACGAUUGCAUAAGGAACUUUAUGAAAGGGAUUAUCGAUGCGUGAGCGAGCACGCUAUACUCGAACCCUUCCGCAUGAGGAAGAGACAGCAGGAAUCGGCGGAGGAGGAAGAGAAUCAUUUCAUGAUCUUUCGAAAAUCGCGAGAAUAUUUUCAUCGGCGUUCAUAGUAAAUACGCUGAGAACUACAUAGCCGUAUACAUAAUGCAACAAGAACGUUAACAAAUAAUAUAAAAAUAUAACAAUAACUCUAACUGCUUAGAGUUUAUAAAAUAAGUAUCAUCUGAUCGUCCUUAAGUUUGAAAUAGCAUCGACACGUCGAUACGAAACUCGGUGGUCUCGUCGGGUGUGCGUAUCGAUCGUCUCGUUGAAAGAGUAAAAAGAGAGAAAGAGAGAAAGAGAGAGAGAGAGAGAGAGAGAGAGAGAGAGAGAGAAGAAAAACAAGCAGAAGAAAAAGAAGAAGAGUAGGGUAGCUCUCUCUUUUCAAAGAUCUCAGGAAGGAACGAGUACUUUUGGAGAGCAGGAGUUAAAAGACGCAUUAUAUUGCUCAUACGUACAACUAAAAAGGAUAGAGAACGUAAAGGAGAAAGAUAAGACAAAGAUAGAGAAGAAGAGAGAAAAAGAGAGAGAUAGACUCAUUGAAACAUCAACACUGCCUUCUUUCGUACGGCGAGAGACGAAAAAGAGAAAUAGAAAGAUAAGGACAAAGGUGGACUUCGUUACUUGUUUAAAAAAUAUUAAAAAAGAAAAUAGAAGCUCACUUUUGUAGAGGUCACGUAAGUAAGAAAGAAGAGGACUCGUCACGGUGGCCAGCUUAGUGAGCGGUAACGUAGCGGUGCGUUACGAUGAAACGUCGGGGGUGCUUGGUGCAGGGGGUGUCGUCCUGGCAGCGACGUCCAGGCUAGCCACGGCCGAUCCACCGACAUCCACCAUGGACACCAGCGACUCGAGUAUGGAAACAAGCAAUGGCACCGGCAAUACGACCGGUGUUGCUGUCCCAGGAACCGUUCCCGGGGUCAGUACGAUCGCCUCCGUCGUUGCUAGCGCAGCGUCCUUGGGGGUGAUCAAGGCCGAAGCGCCCGAACACCUGGCCGGGACAUCGGCGACGGUAUCAGCGGUCACUGGACCGGUUGGUACCGGAAGCGGUCUUUUUGCUGGGAUAGCCAGCAGUAAUAAGACAUCCAGGCCGGACGAUUGGCUCGCCACUGGUAGUCCUGGUUCACCUCCGGUAGCCCUACAGAGUCAGCAUGUCGUAUACACAACACCUCAACAACAGUUGCCCGAUCCUCAACCUCCUGUAGCUCACUCGAGCCCUCUAGCCCAUCAACAGCAGCAACCUGCCGCGAGCAACAACGGUUAUGCGAGUCCGAUGAGCACCAGCAGCUAUGAUCCCUAUAGUCCCAACAGUAAGAUAGGCAGGGAUGAGCUCUCGCAGCCCGGUUCGCUUAACGGUUACGGAAGUGGUGGUGGUGGUGGUGGUAAUGGUGGCGGUGGCGGUGGCGGAGGAGGUGCCGGAGGAGGCGGUGGAGGUGGUGGAGGAGGUACCGUUGGUAGUAGUAGUGGUAACGAUGGAUGCGAUGCAAGGAAAAAGAAAGGUCCAACGCCAAGACAACAAGAAGAACUCUGUUUGGUUUGUGGUGAUCGGGCUUCUGGUUAUCAUUACAAUGCACUUACGUGUGAAGGUUGUAAAGGGUUCUUUAGGCGCAGUAUCACGAAAAAUGCGGUUUAUCAGUGCAAAUAUGGGAACAAUUGCGAAAUUGACAUGUAUAUGCGACGUAAGUGUCAAGAAUGCAGGCUCAAGAAGUGUCUUACGGUUGGCAUGAGGCCGGAAUGCGUUGUUCCUGAAUAUCAAUGUGCGGUCAAACGCAAGGAAAAGAAGGCUCAGAAGGUAGGGGAAAAGGACAAGCCGAAUAGUACAACGAUGAACGGUUCCCCAUGUGGCUUCAAAACUUGUGAUCCAGUAGGCGUAAAGAUCGAACCUGCAGAAACAGAGUCAUUGUCCUCAUCUGGACAAGCUAGUAGCGGAGGACUUAUAAACCCAGUAAGCCCUUAUAGCAGCGUCAAACCCAUCAGCCCCGAACAGGAGGAGCUGAUACACAGGCUCGUUUAUUUCCAAAAUGAAUACGAGCAACCCAGUGAGGACGAUCUCAAAAAGAUCACGCAUCAACCAACGGAAGGAGAGAACCCCAGCGAUUAUAGGUUCAGGCACAUCACAGAGAUCACGAUAUUUACGGUCCAGUUAAUUGUAGAAUUUGCGAAAAGGUUGCCCGGUUUCGACAAGUUGAUGCGGGAGGAUCAAAUCGCAUUGUUAAAGGCAUGUUCGAGCGAGGUUAUGAUGCUGAGAAUGGCAAGGAAAUACGAUGUACAAACGGACAGUAUAAUAUUUGCGAAUAAUCAACCAUACACGCGCGACAGUUAUAACGUAGCUGGUAUGGGUGAAACCAUUGAGGAUCUUUUACGUUUUUGCCGGCAAAUGUACGCAAUGAAAGUCAACAACGCUGAAUACGCGCUACUUACGGCCAUCGUCAUAUUUUCAGAGAGGCCAAACCUGAUAGAAAGCGUGAAGGUUGAAAAAAUUCAAGAAAUAUAUUUGGAGGCGCUUAAAGCGUACGUCGACAAUCGUCGUAAACCGAAGUCAGGAAUAAUAUUCGCCAAGUUGUUGUCAGUAUUGACAGAAUUAAGGACCCUCGGCAACCAAAACAACGAGAUGUGCUACAGUCUAAAGUUCAAGAACAAAAAGCUGCCACUUUUCCUCGCCGAGAUCUGGGACGUUGGGACCUAGUUUCCCGAUUGCCGAUCACCGGUCUUAGCACCGGUCGGCUGAAUGUGUUUGUUUUAUUCGAAUCUUGUGGCUCGCGCAUCACGCGACGAAGAGGACGAGGACGAGCGAGCAAGCAAAUGAAAGAUAAAGCUGUUAGCUUAACGAAAGGAUUAGAAGAAGAAGAAGAAGAAUGAAAGAGAGAGAGAGAGAGAGAGAAGGAAAAGGAUAAAGAAUCGAAAAAAAAUCGUGAAAAAGAAGAUGAUGAUAAUGAUGAAGAAAUAAAUUGUAAGAACGAUGUGCUCGACUCCUGUACUAGUGUGCACCACUAUGCCACUGCCUCUCUCAGGCAUUUCACGAUUCGACUUCUUCGUGGGCUUCUUUUGCCUGUUUAUUCGUUAUACAAAAAAAAC